AUGAGCCGGCUAGAGGCCAUCUGUCCCGCCUGGAUUGGAGCGAAGAUUGCCGCCAGCAGCAAGCACCAAGAGCACAAGAUGUCGGACGAUGACAUGAUGAUGAGCGAGGAGGAGGAUUACGGUUUCGACUAUGAGGAUGCCAGCGAUCCCGAAGACGAAGAUGAUGUGCUGGUACGGCUCGAGAACCAGUACUACACCGCCAAAGGCAGGGCUGCGGAAGACGACGAAGCCGCACUCGACGACGCGCUCGGGCUCUUCCGCGAGGUGGUCGACAUGGAGGAAGAGAAGGGGGACUGGGGGUUCAAGGCCUGGAAGCAAACGGUGAAGCUCCACCUGCAGCGAGGGGAGCUCGAGAAGAUGAUGAGCGCCUACAGGAACCUCUUGACCUACACCAAGGCGGCGGUCACGCGUAACAAGAGCGAAAAGGCGAUCUUGUCCAUACUCGACACCGUGUCGCACUCCAACAAUCGCGCCCUCCUGCACGAGUUCUACGACACCACCCUCGACUCGCUUCGAGAGGCUCAGAACGAGAGGCUGUGGUUUAAGACCAAGCUCGCGGCCUCCAAGCUGGCCUACAAGAGCGAAGACUACGCCAAAGCCCUCAAGGCAUUGAAAGAGUUGCACGAGUAUUGCGAAACGGACAAGAGCAAGCGAGGAACACAACUAUUGGAGGUCUACGCCCUGGAGAUUCAGGUCUACACCGCCACGAAGAACACCAAGAAGCUGAAGGCCCUGUACGACCAGUCUCUGUGCGUCAAGUCGGGUGUGCCGCACCCACGCACGCUGGGCAUCAUCCGGGAGUGCGGUGGCAAGGCACACCUGCAGGACCACAACUGGACCAAGGCCUACGAAGACUUCUGGGAGGCCUUCAAGAACUACGACGAAGGUACACCAACCAACCAACCAACCAACUCUCAGCUGCUUCAUUAUAACAACGUUUGGAUUGUGCACACGUAA